CAUGCCAAUUCGGCAUUCAUCGCCAAAUCCAAAGAGAUAACAAAACAAAUACAGCAAACACAACAAAACAGACUUUGUCAUUGCAGAAGCCGGAACAAAGUCAGCAAUAACAUAGACAACAACAUGCUGAAAUACCUGAAUCAAAACGAGGCCAUCAAUGUGGACCUGGAACUCUUUAAUGAGUACAAGUUCAGUGUGGAUCAGCUAAUGGAGCUGGCGGGCCUCAGCUGUGCGCACGCCAUAGCCAAAUGCUUUCCGGCGGAGCGCUUCGGACGUGUGCUCGUCUGCUGUGGCCCCGGCAACAACGGUGGCGACGGACUGGUGUGCGCCCGCCACCUGGCAUUGAUGGGCUACUUGCCCGUCCUCUACUAUCCGAAGCCAACGCCCAAGCCGCUGUACGAGAAUCUCGCCCAUCAAUGCAAGCGCAUGGAGAUUGAGUCAAUUUCUGAAUGUCCUAGCGUAGCGCUAGCGGCGGAGUGCUACGACUUGAUUGUGGAUGCCCUGUUUGGCUUCAGCUUUAAGCCACCCGUGCGCGCCGACUUUGUGCCAGUCGUGGAGCUGCUGCAGCAGACGAAGCUGCCCAUCGCCAGCGUGGACAUACCCAGCGGCUGGGAUGUGGAGGCGGGCAAGCUAAACGAGUGCGACAUGGAGCCGACGCUGCUCAUCUCAUUGACGGCGCCCAAGCUCUGCGCCAAGCACUUCAAGGGCAAGCAUCACUUCCUGGGCGGACGCUUCGUGCCGCCCGCCCUGCAGCGCAAGUACGAGCUGAAUCUGCCCACAUAUCCGGGCAAUGAGAUGUGCCUGGAGCUGUGAACAAUUACGGGAAUGCCCGAACCAUAGAUUGCUAACUGUUUUGUAACUGAUCAAAUCUGGAACUAAAGUCU